AUGCCUCUACAGAGAACAAAUGUACUCCAAAAGCUUGCCACUCUAAGAAGCUUCCAAAACUCCAUCGAUGCCCGUCUCGUCAAAAGUGGGUUCGACCCCAACACCUCUCGCUCCAACUUCAAGGUCAUGGACGCCCUCCGGCGAGGCGACACCACUCAAGCACGACAAGUGUUCGAUCAAAUGCCCCACAAGAACACCGUCACCAUAAACCUCAUGAUUUCCGCUUACGUCAAACAGGGAAACAUUCCCGUUGCUCGAGAGCUGUUUGAAAGCAUGCUUGAGAGACCGGCCGUUACCUGGACUAUACUCAUCGGCGCUUACUCCAAACGCAACGACUUUCGCGAAGCCUUUCGACUUUUUGCUUUGAUGCGUAAGCUCGGAACUUCGCAGCCUGAUUACGUGACAUUUGCGACUCUUUUAUCGGGAUGUAGUAAUGUGGAUUGUGGUACUGAAGUUUUUCAAGUUCAUGCCCAUGUUGUCAAAUCGGGAUGUGAUUCGGUUCUUUUCGUUUGUAAUUCAUUGAUUGAUUCUUAUUGCAAAACGGGUCGAAUAGAAUUGGCCCUCCAGGUGUUCAAGGAAAUACCCGAUAGAGAUUCUGUAACGUUCAAUGCGUUGAUAACGGGCUAUGCGAAGGAAGGGUUGAAUGCGGAAGCAGUUAAGCUCUUUCGGGAAAUGCAGGAUUCGGGAUAUGAGCCUUCAGAUUUCACUUUUGCGGCCGUUCUGUGCGCCGGUGUUGGCAUGGAUGACGUGAUGUUUGGGCGACAAGUUCACGCCUUGGCAGUGAAGAAUAGCUUCGUGUGUAAUGUGUUUGUGGGGAACGCAUUGCUUGAUUUCUACUCGAAGCAUGACUGUGUGAUUGAAGCGAGGAAACUCUUUGAUGAAAUGCCGGAGCUGGAUGGUGUUUCUUACAACAUACUAAUUGCGGGACAUGCAUGGGUUGGGGAGUUGAAGGAGGCUGUGAAUCUAUUCCGCAAGUUACAGUUUACUAAAUUUGAUAGAAGGCAGUUUCCUUUCGCAACCAUGUUGAGCGUGGCGGCAGUUACUUCAAACUUGGAAAUGGGUCGGCAGAUCCACUCCCAGGCUGCCGUGAUGACAGCUGAUUUAGAAAUUCUGGUCGCAAAUGCUCUGGUCGACAUGUACGCCAAAUGCAGCCGGUUUAAGGAGGCCAAGACAAUAUUUUCUGAUCUUUCUCACAGGAGUGCAGUGCCAUGGACAGCCAUGAUCUCUGCCUACGUUCACAAUGGGCUGCACGAUGAAGGUGUGGCGCUGUUCAAUGAGAUGCGAAGAGAAAGUGUUUGCGCUGACCAGGCGACUUUCGCGAGCGUCUUAAGAGCCUCAGCGAGUUUGGCAUUACUCUCGCUGGGAAGACAGUUGCACUCAUCUCUAAUACGAUCAGGAUUCAUGUCUAAUGUGUUCUCCGGAAGUGCACUUCUAGACAUGUACGCGAAAUGUGGGUUUAUGAAAGACGCGCUUCAAACUUUUCAAGAGAUGCCCAAGAGGAAUUCAGUCUCUUGGAAUGCUUUGAUAUCAGCUUAUGCACAAAAUGGGGAUGGCCAGGGAACUUUUAGAUCAUUUGAACAGAUGCUUGAAUCGGGUUUCGAACCAGACUUGGUUAGCUUCCUUGGCAUACUAACUGCCUGCAGCCACUGCGGGCUUGUAGAAGAAGGAUUAAAUUACUUUAACUUCAUGACAUCUACCUAUAAACUUGUUCCAAAGAGAGAACACUAUGCAUCAAUAGUUGAUGUGUUGUGUCGAAGCGGGCAGUUUGAUGAAGCGGUGAACUUGAUGGCUCAAAUGCCUUUUGAACCCGAUGAGAUCAUCUGGUCAUCAGUCCUAAACGCGUGCCGAAUUCACAAGAACCAAGAAUUGGCAACGAAAGCAGCGAGCCAACUUUUCAACAUGGCAGAGCUGAGAGACGCCGCUUCUUAUGUGAACAUGUCAAACAUUUAUGCAGCUGCGGGUGAGUGGGAGAGUGUUGGCAGGGUGAAGAAAGCGAUGAGGGAGAGAGGGAUGAGAAAGAACCCUGCGCGAAGUUGGGUGGAGAUUAAGCAUGAGAUUCACAUGUUCACGGCGAAUGAUGAGAUCCACCCGAGGAUGGGGGAGAUCAGGAGAAAGAUUGAUGUUUUGACGGCUGAGAUGGAAAGGGAAGGGUACAAACCGGACACAAGUUGUGCCCUUCACAACGAGAAUGAGGAAAUAAAGCAGUCUUUGAAGUAUCACAGUGAACGUUUGGCAAUUGCUUUUGCGCUGAUUAGUACACCAGAAGGGACACCAAUUGUUGUGAUGAAAAACUUGAGAGCUUGAGACUGUCAUAGUGCAAUCAAGGUGAUCUCUAAGAUUGUUAAUAGGCAAAUAACAGUCGGGGAUUCUAGCAGGUUCCAUCAUUUUAGAGAUGGAUUUUGCUCUUGUAAAGACUUUGGUGAUCUAUUUAUUUUUUGUUAAUUAAAUGGUAAAGGGCAUAAAUUUGCCCUUGGUGCCAAUAGAGGAGGAGGGAAUUUGUAUUGGAAUAUUCUUUUUUUUUUUUAAAUUUGACG